GCUCAGCCAUUGGCUGACACCGUCACGUGCCCCUCCCCUAGCGUCCUCCGCCCUCUUGCCCCCCCUCCUGCGCACUGUACAUUCAUAACAUUUUUCUUCUCUGGUUCCAUGGAGGAAGUGAGAAAGUUGGCACGGUCACCCAGGGCUUCGCAGGACCAGGUCACUCAGUGACAGAUGGACAAUGCAAGAAUGAACUCCUUCCUGGAAUACCCCAUCCUCAGCAGUGGCGACUCGGGGACCUGCUCAGCGCGAGCCUACCCCUCGGACCUCGGGAUUACAACUUUCCAGUCGUGCGCGGUCAGUGCCAACAGCUGCGGCGGCGACGACCGCUUCCUAGUGGGCAGGGGGGUACAGAUCGGUUCGCCCCACCACCACCAUCACCACCCCCAGCCGGCUACCUACCAGACUUCCGGGAACCUGGGGGUGUCCUACUCCCACUCGAGUUGUGGUCCAAGCUAUGGCUCACAGAACUUCAGUGCGCCUUACAGUCCCUACGCGUUAAAUCAGGAAGCAGACGUAAGUGGUGGGUACUCCCAGUGCGCUCCCGCUGUUUACUCUGGAAAUCUCUCAUCUCCCAUGGUCCAGCAUCACCACCACCACCAGGGUUAUGCUGGGGGCGCGGUGGGCUCGCCUCAAUAUAUUCACCACUCAUAUGGACAAGAGCACCAGAGCCUGGCCCUGGCUACGUAUAAUAACUCCUUGUCCCCUCUCCACGCCAGCCACCAAGAAGCCUGUCGCUCCCCUGCAUCAGAGACAUCUCCAGCGCAGACCUUUGACUGGAUGAAAGUCAAAAGAAACCCUCCCAAAACAGGGAAAGUUGGAGAGUAUGGCUACCUGGGCCAACCCAACGCGGUGCGCACCAACUUCACUACCAAGCAGCUCACGGAGCUGGAGAAAGAAUUCCACUUCAACAAGUAUCUGACGCGCGCCCGAAGGGUGGAGAUCGCUGCCUCCCUGCAGCUCAACGAGACCCAAGUGAAGAUCUGGUUCCAGAACCGCCGAAUGAAGCAAAAGAAACGGGAGAAGGAGGGUCUCUUGCCCAUCUCUCCGGCCACCCCACCAGGAAACGACGAGAAGGCCGAGGAAUCCUCGGAGAAGUCCAGCUCUUCACCCUGCGUUCCUUCCCCGGGGUCUUCUACUUCAGACACUCUGACUACCUCCCACUGAGGCGGCACCAGCCCCAGACCACAGCCCAGGCAUCUUCUUGGGCUAGGACUUCUUACCCAAAGCACAUGCUUAGCUUACCUUUCUUUCCAUUUACAAUGUCUUUCUUUCUUUCUGAUCCUAUCUGGGAGCUCCUGGCCAGGAUAAUAUGUUUGCAGAUAAUUCUGGACCAGAGACUUGGUGAGGGUUAACACCUUAAUCCAGAUUGGGUGCCAGCAUCAAUUUUCUGGUGGGCCUUAACAUCCCUCCUGCUUUUAGGAGAAUUCACAGAACCUGCUGUUUCUUUCAGAUGCCCUUUUGAAAAAUAGUUCCCUUUGCCAACAGAAACAUGCCAGAGGGAAUCUUCUCAUCUUUUUAUCUAACUAUAUGUACAGCUCCCUUGCCCUUGAAAGUAGGAUAUAGUGAAAGAGAGUCCAGGAGCUCACGAAGAAGAGAUGCACUAUGUGAUUACACAACUAAUUCAUCCCCUAAUUUAAUUCAGUUUCCUGUGUGUGAGUUUGCUGGUUGUAAAUACUUUGUCCUGAGAGAUUUAUCUUUAUGCAGAUUUUCUAGAAAUGUUUAGAUUAGGUUACUAAAACAGGGUGGGCAAACUCUCAAAACUGGUACAAUUUUAUAUGUGCUUAUAGGUGAAAGAACAAAUUCCCUCAUUUAAACCCAAUCAGAUGCCUCAGAGGGUAGCCUCAAUUUGUUCUUACAGUUAAGAAGGCCUGGAGAGCACAAAGUUUAGAAACCAUGCUUCCUGUGCUAAGUCUCUCCUAAUCCCUAUACCUUUCUUCUCCGGCCACCCUCCGUUUAAAAUUUGUGCUGGAUAAUCCAGAACCUAAAAGUAUUAUUCAAACCAACUUCUUCCUUCCACAGUUAUCUUAGUUGGAUAUGUUGUAUUUUCAGCUCACUUGUUAAUGUGAUGGAUGGCACAACGAAUGUAUAUUUUGUGUGAUUCGUGAAUAGUCUUUUGCAUGUCGCACCAUGUUUGAUGUUCCCGAAGUACCACACUGAGUUCUAUCAGUUAUCCUUUGUGAGCCUAUGAUAUUCCCCAUUUCCUGUACAAUCAUGAACAGCUCUGAGAUUCUAGAGUGAUAUGAUCCAGAGCAGAGUUUACGGGUCUUAGGAUGUCUGUAAUAAAUAAAUAUACUCAA